CGUUAGCUCUCGUUAGCUUGGUGGUCUGGCUAUCGGAAGCGUCUAUGGUCAGGCAAGGAGGGAGGGACACGGCGGAAAUCUGACACUCUAGCCUCAGCAACGACGUAUCGGCAGAGGGUGGCGACCGAAACUAAUCAAAACGGCAGUCCACUACCUGAACCAUCAAUACGAGAUUUACGACCAAAGGCGAUCAAUCACCGGACUGCCGUUAACCUUCGAGAAUCAGCGUUUUUUUGACUAAUUACCGGUGACGACAUGGCUGAAUGUAACGUUAGCAUCGACCAGAAGAAACUACCUGGAGUGAAAGAGGUAUGCAAAGACUUUGCUGUGCUGGAAGACCACUCCCUGGCCUACAACCUCCAGGAACAAGAAAUUGAAAGCCACUUGGCUUCCAACGUCCAUAAGAACCGCCUGGUGCAGAAGGACCUCCAGGUGGCCAAGAAACUGCAGGAGGAGGAGGACAAGCGGGCCAAGAUUCAGAGCCAGAAAAAAAAUAUUGACAUUGAGCGACAGGACAUCGAGAUCGCACAGGAGAUUCAGGAACAACUGGUUCGACAGGCAGAGCAGCAGCGGUGGCAGGAAGAGAAGGAUGCAGCCAUUGCUCGUAAGCUGCACGAGAAGGAGAUGAAAGAGGAGAGGAGGAGACACAAAGGAAAAUAUGAGGAGGAUUACUUUGAGGAUCACGGAGCUUCAAGAACCGCCGAUGUGGACGGACAUGCCCGUCAGAAAUCACGAUCUCCUGAUCGAUAUGGUUCACACUCCCCUUUGCGCUCAAAUCAGAAUUACUCUCCAGAUUAUUAUUCUGUUGAUAACAAAAGGAGCAGGUACCCAAAGCAGGACUCUGCAGCACCCCACAGUCAUUCCAGAUAUCCGGAGGACUACUUGGAGGAAGAACGCGGGCAUAGCAAGCAUGCUGAUAUGUAUCCAGAGCACCUGCUGCCCUCUAGAGGCAAGCAUGGGGACAGGUAUCCGGAGUUUGAGCCUUCAUACAGUGGCAAAACCAGGGACCAGGGGCUAAUGGAUGUAGAUAGUGUGAUAAAGAGGAAGGAGAAGCCAGCCAGACCACCUCCCCCGAAUAUUAUUGUAGAAAGAGACAAGGACAGGUAUAGGCAUGAUGGGGACAAGGACUAUAAAACUGAGAGGCAUGUGGAGAAAGAACACACGAGAAACAGGGAGCAGGAUCUCAGACAGAGAAGAGAGCGGGAAAAAUCCAGAGAUCGAAUACCAAGUGAUGAAGGACAGAGAGAGAGAGACAGACAUAGGCAAAAAGACAGACGACAAGCCAGGAGCAUGGAGGGAGGACUCAAUCUAGACUUUUUGGAACCAGGAUCCAGCAGGAUCAGGCCAGGAGAGAACAGGGGCUCCUGGGAGAAGGAAGAGGAUGAUGGUGGGAGGAGGGCCAGGAGCCAGCCGCGCAUCCACUCCCUCCCCGUCGAGGUGUUUGACGAGUUUAUGAACGGUGAAGCACGAGGAGACACCAGGGAGAUCCAGGACCUCCAACUAGGGGAUGCUUUCGGAAGGGAGCACACUCCUAGCCGCCCAAGCAGAGAGACAGGCCAUGUUGUGCACAAAGGAAGCGGCUCACCUAUCGCAGAAACCGAGUACGGGCUGACUGAAGUCACAAAAGGGUUGACGAACCUUGACCUUCGGGAGCAGGAGCUGAAGGACUUGGAGGUUGCAAGAAGACUUCAAGAGGAGGAACUGAAGCAAGCGAGCAAUAUGCAGGAGCGUGCAGCCCAGAUGGCAAAAGAUGAGGAAAUAGCCCGACUGUUAAUGGAAAAGGAGAAGAAGGAGUACAGAAGGAACCGAGAGCGCGAGAAGGAGAAGGAACGAGAGCGGUUGGCCAUGGAGAAGAUAGCCAUGGAGAGAAAGCGACACGAGGGAAACUACAAGUCAAGUUCGGAGGAAGUGGUGCGGCCCAGAACGCAAGAUGAGUACGACUAUCACAGACAGAGAAACAACAACAACAGACCUGCUCGGCCCCCUCAGCCUCGUACACAUGAUUAUGAGAAUGUUAGCUCAGUGUAUGGCUACUCAGACCACCCUGCUGCCUCCCGCCCUCCACAAAGACCUGAGGCAGCUUAUAGAGGUACUUUACCGUAAACGUUCACAUGAAAACAGUGCCUAUCAGAAGCGGUGACUCGAGAUUUGUUCCUUUUUCAGACAUGCUUUCAGCCCUCCAUCUUUAUCCCAUGUAAUCUUAUUUUUUUUAUACUUAUUUAUCUUUUUUAACCAAUCACAUUUUUUCACUGAAAGCUUUGGGACAAUCUAGACUUAGCAUUCUUUUUUUUUUUUUAUUCCCUUCAAAGUUGACCAGAGUUAGCACUAGCCAACGGACCAGCCUCAUCACAUAAAUCUCCUAUGAUUCCAAGGUUUUGAAAGGACCUGGCUCCUUACCUGCUCUGGUUGUUGUUUGCUGACAUUUGUCCCAUCUCUGGAUCAUCAACAUCAGGGCUUCAUGCCUGUUCUGGACGGACAUACUGGAACCACACAGUUUCUUCAUGGCUCUGUGUGGAACAUGUCUGUCUGCUCCAGCUGCUACAGUGUCUUGUAUAUCAACAUGGCAGCUGCUUUUCACAUCUGUGCUGUCUUGCUGUUCAGGCCCUUUCCAUGUGCCGCAGCCUGUGACUCUUACAGGGAUUAUUUCUGUUGCUAUUAUUUUACCGAGACAAACUAAAAACAGGCCUUUAUCACAGUGCUGUCAGCACUGGCUUUGAUUUCUGUUUUAUUUUGAUUCAGCGAUCUUGGUAACAAUCCAUUAAAUGGCUUUUAGCUGUCUUCUUCUUCUUUUCCAGAGGCAUUUUUUAGCCCCUGUACUUUCAGACCGAACGUGGUAUGACUGUAUAUGAAUCACUGUUUCUCUGUGCAUGCUUACUGAGACUGUACAUGCAUUUCAGCUGAAUGGAAAAUAAUCCAGCUCUUAAUAAUCUGAAAGCGCUAAAGCCUCAUGUCAAUAAUAUUGUGCGAAUAAACAAAAUAUCUACUUGUUCAUAUUCUCUGUAUAACAGGGCUUUUCUGCCACUUUUUUCACGUCAGCAAUCUAAAACUGAAAUGCAUGUACGUUGCUUGUCUGUCGAAGCUGAAUUCAUGCUUGUGUUUAUAGCACCAAGGUUCUAUGUUUGAAUAUUUGCUUUUUUAUGCUAAUGUGCUGUCAAAAUAUGUGAAAUGAUUGUACAAAAUUCUAGGUUAUUUCUGAUCUUCUAAAUUCUUGUGCUGUACCACUUAUAUUUGUCCACAAAGGGACCUUUAUAUUUAUUUUUAUACUAAAAUUUGACUUUCCUGUCAUUGUUUUCUCAUGACCCCAAGUUUUUCCUGACGUCACUUCCAGGUUUUUUGUCUUGAUUUCAAAGGCAGACAUCCCUUCCUGUAUGGAAUUACACAGCACAGCACAAGUUCAGGUUAAUGAAGAGAAGUCCUGCUGAAAGAUUUACUAUUUUGUUUCUUUUCAGUAAAGGAAAGGGAAAUGAAGAGCACAUUUAUUCUUUUAAGUUUAGAAAAAUUAAUAUAAUGGCAAUCUGUUUAAUUAUUUGAAUACUCAAUGCUGCGUCUAAGCUCCUAUGUUGUCAUAAAUGUUGCUGAAAUAGAAAAUUGGCUUUCAAAAAGAAGGUUUUCUGCUAUAAGGAGAAAUGUGGCAGUUUUCUUUACCCAAGUAUGAGCUGUUUGUGUUGCUAGAGACAAACUUGGAGGUGUUGACUUGAGCUUUGUGAUAAUUGUUGACUGAAUGGGACUUGUGCCAUAUGUUAUUUUCAGGGAUUUGAAAAUGGUAAAAAAAAAAAAAAAAAAGUAAAGCUGUAGCAGAGUUGCCAUUUCCUUUAAAAAUGGGAGCUCUAAUGUAUUAUUUGAAGAGAGCGCCACCUUGUGGACAGCUCAGUGGUUGGGGAUUAAAAAGUGAUUAAACCAA